AUGAACAUGCGAAAACAGGAAUCAAAAGAUCUUCUCGGGCUUCUACUAUUUAUUAUCUACAGUCUCAGUAAACCGAGUGAAGGUAAGAAAGACAGUCUUCUUAUUGAGGCCGGCUAUAAAACCAGGUUUAUCAUGCAAUUCAGUGUUUUAAACAUAAUCACGUUGAUAGCAAUCUCAGUUAAAGCAGACUCGAAAUGUCUAGAAAUUAGAAAAUUAUGUUUUACAAUGCUUCAAACAACCGUUUCGGAAAUGAUAGGACUAUCAAACUGAUGCUUUCUCUGAAGUUAAUUCGUCACGCUAGGAUAGAGGCUCGGCAUCUAAGCAAAUCAUUUUGUUAAACUCUGGCGAAGCUUAAAUAUCACAAUUUUUAUGCCCCGUCCCUCAAUCAAAAAUGCUUGCUUGUUUAACCCUGGCAUUUUUAUACAAUUUUGUAAAACCUUUCAGCCUGGUCUGCUUAUAUCUGGGAGGCUCAUAUAGGCGAAAUUAAACAGGAAGUCUUGAAACGAGCUGAUAAGUUGCAAAUAUUGAAUGCGACUUUCGUAUCUUCUGAAGAAUUAGGGAGAUCGAGGAGAGGGUUUAGCCGGAUAACACCCAGCAUGAUUCCUAGUUUAAAAAAGAGCUUUAAAAACCCAAAACAACUCAACCUCAUCCCCAGCUCUUCUAUGUUAACAGUUCAAUCAUUUGGCAAUUUCGCUGCACGAUUGACGUCAUCAGUUGACGUAUCGCAAAGUUCUUUUAAAUUUGGUCGACAGAAGCUGGUUAUGAUGAAUUGUGCGUAAUAAUUUGUAAAGGAGAAAUAUUUUGAAUGAAUAAUAACACCUCGUAGUACACCUCAUUUCACCGAAGGUUAUGCCAUUCCACAAGUCUUGCCACAUUCCUUUCCGCAAACGUCUUCUGUAUUUUGCCCUCACCGAAUAACUCCGAACUUUGUUUUGAUUCAAUGUUCGAAACAUAAGUGUUAACGUGUGCUGCUAGGGAGAAGGACCAUUGGGAAAAAAUAUCAGGGGUGGGUAAAGAAGAAAUUAACAAAACAUUCAUGCUGGGGUGGGUGAGUCGAAAUGAAACAAUUCAAGGGGAAUGUUAACGACAAGUAAUUUAUGCUGCUCGAAAACUCGAUCCCCACCCUCCCCCUGAUGACUUUUUCUAAUGAGUCCUAAAAGUCUAGUCUGUAAAAGUUAACUGUAGACAAACAGUAGCAAACAUAAUCACAUUGCUAUUUUAAUAUGACUUUUUUAGCAUCAUUUCCGUGUGGUAUCGAUGGAGAUGUGAUAAACGUUCAAUUAAACCACAACGAAGACAUUUGUCUCUACGUUAACGCCACCAAUAAUCGAUUCAGCUGCCAUUUUGCAAAUGGAAAAAAUGAUUNUUGCAAAUAUUGAAUGCGACUUUCGUAUCUUCUGAAGAAUUAGGGAGAUCGAGGAGAGGGUUUAGCCGGAUAACACCCAGCAUGAUUCCUAGUUUAAAAAAGAGCUUUAAAAACCCAAAACAACUCAACCUCAUCCCCAGCUCUUCUAUGUUAACAGUUCAAUCAUUUGGCAAUUUCGCUGCACGAUUGACGUCAUCAGUUGACGUAUCGCAAAGUUCUUUUAAAUUUGGUCGACAGAAGCUGGUUAUGAUGAAUUGUGCGUAAUAAUUUGUAAAGGAGAAAUAUUUUGAAUGAAUAAUAACACCUCGUAGUACACCUCAUUUCACCGAAGGUUAUGCCAUUCCACAAGUCUUGCCACAUUCCUUUCCGCAAACGUCUUCUGUAUUUUGCCCUCACCGAAUAACUCCGAACUUUGUUUUGAUUCAAUGUUCGAAACAUAAGUGUUAACGUGUGCUGCUAGGGAGAAGGACCAUUGGGAAAAAAUAUCAGGGGUGGGUAAAGAAGAAAUUAACAAAACAUUCAUGCUGGGGUGGGUGAGUCGAAAUGAAACAAUUCAAGGGGAAUGUUAACGACAAGUAAUUUAUGCUGCUCGAAAACUCGAUCCUCACCCUCCCCCUGAUGACUUUUUCUAAUGAGUCCUAAAAGUCUAGUCUGUAAAAGUUAACUGUAGACAAACAGUAGCAAAGAUAAUCACAUUGCUAUUUUAAUAUGACUUUUUUAGCAUCAUUUCCGUGUGGUAUCGAUGGAGAUGUGAUAAACGUUCAAUUAAACCACAACGAAGACAUUUGUCUCUACGUUAACGCCACCAAUAAUCGAUUCAGCUGCCAUUUUGCAAAUGGAAAAAAUGAUUGCAGUGGAAACUAUAGGCAAGACAGAUUAUGUACGGAUGCAAUUACUCAUGCAAGCUACAAAAGUGGAAAAUUGCGUUUCCCAGUUAAUUUGAGUAAGACGAACUGCACAAAAAUUUAUUUUAUGCGGCUGCAUUACGACGAUAAAAAUAAACCUCUGAUUUGUGAACUCCCCUGUUCAUUAUUCCAAGGUAUGUGAUAGAUUCAGUUACAUUGGCUAGUAGUAGGUAAUUAGGCAACUUCCGAGUUCAAGAAACCACGCUUUCAAAAUGAGGCCAAAGAGUGCACAACCUUUCUUGUGAAAAUGAGUUUUAUUUGCACUAGAAUGAAAAAUCAUUUCCAUAUGAAAGGCUGAGCACUUAACCUCGUUUUAAUACAGAGGUACGACGGGAACUCGGAAAUGGAAUAUUGCAAUAAUAUUGGCGUAGAAAAAUGGUAAGAGGGAAAAGGGAAAAAAAGGAAAAGGCCAAAUAAGAAUAAAUUAGGUUUACUGAUAAGACGACGCCCGAAAUAACGAACCUCUAUAUAACACAGUCCUCGAUAAAACGAACGAUAUUUUCUGCCUUAAUUAAAAAGUAUAUAGAAAAGAAGCUCGAUCAGACGGAGCCUCGUUUUAUCGAACGUAUUUUGUUGUAUAUGGCCUGCUUUAAAAUUGUUUCAAACGUCUAUGCGGCACAUGAAUUGUUCUUAUAGUGGUUUAUUAGUAAGCUACUCAGUCUGCUAUUUGGCUUUUUCCCUUUUUUAUUCUUCCUUUAAGCAUUUUUCUAAGACAACGUUGUUGCAACUAGAUGUAACUAGCAAUUAUUGAAUGAGGGUGCUUAUGAUCUGAAGAAUUCAUAUUUUAUCAUAUAGACACGAGUGUUUUACUGGAAAAUAUACCACUCGUAAAAUUCAUAAAAACUACAUCCGGGACCCGAGUGGUUUAUUUUCCAUAAUCUCACACGUGAGUUUAUCGAUGACGUAAUUUCCGUUCGGUAAUUUCCCUUCGAAAUUUGUAGGCGUCUUGCGCCUUUUGAAUUUUACUUACACAUUUUUCAAAGCUUUCCUUAUAUUUUGUCAUCGUAGAGCCCUAUUCAGCUCAGUGUUAUUUCUCAAGAUUAUUGUAAAAAAUGUCUUAUAUUGCUGCACUGUAAAUUUGAGCCGUCACGAGUACUUUUUGGCGCAGAAAACUCUAUCAUUUUAUCGACGUCUUUUUGUCUAUAUAAUAAAAAAAACAUUACACGGCGGCUUGAAGAUAUGAAUUUUAUUUUCGAGUGGCAAAACAAUAUUUUACGAACGAGCGCAGCGAGUGAGUAAAAUAUUGUUUUGCCACUCGAAAAUAAAAUUCAUAUCUUCAAGCCACCGUGUAAUAUCCUCUAUAUAAAUAAAUGCAGAUCUCAAAGGGCAUGUUAUCUUAACUGACCCCCUUCGAUCUGCAUGUUAACAUUGAAACACCCUACAAGAUCUGUGUAAUUGUCAAGUUGCAUAUUUUCUUAUGUUCUUUGUAGUAUGUUCUGUGAAAUUGUCGUUCUUGUUUAUUUCUUUUCAUAUUUGUUUAUUGGUUUUCCUGGUCAGGUGAUUAUUCCAUAUCAAUGAUCUCCUUCAGAUUCAAUCAUUUCUAACAUUUUACUUUCGCGUCUUUGCAACUAAGAAAUUCGCGUUAAGUUGAAGUAACUUGUCAGUUGGAUAAUGAUCAAUAAAAGAAUAUCAAUGCAUAUAUUAUCUUUCUAAUUCAUAUAAUUGCAGCUAAUUCCACAACAGUCUCGCCUACUUUGCCAUCAUCAGCCCUUCCAACGACGAUACCAGAUUCUCCCACACCUUCUUCAGCUACAAGUAAGUAUUCAGUUAAAGUGGCUCGAGCAGGUACCGAUUUUUCAGUCACAACACCUGUAUUGUAUUCUCUUUGAACUAAAAGUCCUAAAAUUUCAUUAUUACUGAGAGAACUGUUCCGUGAGUUGAACGAUUCCCAAUAUCUCAAAUAGUGCUGAGACAUGAUAUUUUUCAUUUUAUUUUGAAAAGUUGGUAGCACUGAAAUGGGUUACCCUCUUGUAUAAUGAGUCUAAUUUUAAACGUUUUAUUGCCUUGUAAGCAUCCCCUGGAUUCAAGCAAAUGUCAAACAUCUUUAAAGUCAAAAGCUAAAGUUACAAUCUGUAAUUUAUAUCAGUGUGAUUGAUUUAAACAAAACAAGUAGAUUUGUUGCCAGAAAAGUAGGGGAUGCUGGAGGCGACAAGGAUUGCUGUUUUUUGCAACUGAGAAAUCCGCGUCUUUUUUAAGUUUUGCCAGUUAAAUGGACGACGUUAUUAGACUAUGGUGACAAGUUGAAGUAAUUUAUCGGUUAAAUAAUGAUCGAUAAAAGANUUCUAACAUUUUACUUUCGCGUCUUUGCAACUAAGAAAUUCGCGUUAAGUUGAAGUAACUUGUCAGUUGGAUAAUGAUCAAUAAAAGAAUAUCAAUGCAUAUAUUAUCUUUCUAAUUCAUAUAAUUGCAGCUAAUUCCACAACAGUCUCGCCUACUUUGCCAUCAUCAGCCCUUCCAACGACGAUACCAGAUUCUCCCACACCUUCUUCAGCUACAAGUAAGUAUUCAGUUAAAGUGGCUCGAGCAGGUACCGAUUUUUCAGUCACAACACCUGUAUUGUAUUCUCUUUGAACUAAAAGUCCUAAAAUUUCAUUAUUACUGAGAGAACUGUUCCGUGAGUUGAACGAUUCCCAAUAUCUCAAAUAGUGCUGAGACAUGAUAUUUUUCAUUUUAUUUUGAAAAGUUAGUAGCACUGAAAUGGGUUACCCCCUUGUAUAAUGAGUCUAAUUUUAAACGUUUUAUUGCCUUGUAAGCAUCCCCUGGAUUCAAGCACAAUGUCAAACAUCUUUAAAGUCAAAAGCUAAAGUUACAAUCUGUAAUUUAUAUCAGUGUGAUUGAUUUAAACAAAACAAGUAGAUUUGUUGCCAGAAAAGUAGGGGAUGCUGGAGGCGACAAGGAUUGCUGUUUUUUGCAACUGAGAAAUCCGCGUCUUUUUUAAGUUUUGCCAGUUAAAUGGACGACGUUAUUAGACUAUGGUGACAAGUUGAAGUAAUUUAUCGGUUAAAUAAUGAUCGAUAAAAGAAUAGUAUUGCAUAUACAUUAUCUUUCUAAUUCAUGUAAUUGCAGCUAAUUCUAUGACAGUCUCGGCGCCUCCUUCGCAAUCAUCAGCCCUUUUAACAACGGUACCAGGUUCUCCCACAACUUCUUCAGUUACAAGUAAGUACUCAGUUGAGGUGACUCACUAUUGAGAGAACUGUUCCGUGAGUAGAACGGUUACCAAUAUCUCAAAUAUUUGCUGAGAUAUGACAUUUUUCAUUUUGAAAAGUUAGUAGCACUGAAAUGGGUUGUAUUAAUAAGUAGGUCUAAUUUUAAAUGUUUAAUUGCCUUGCAAGCAUUACCUGGAUGAUGUAUUACCAAAAAUUAGCUUCAAGUGGCCAAAAAUGAAAAAAAAGAAAUAGGGAUACUCUUUUUAAAAAAAGUAUCAAGUGGCUCUGAGGUACUUACAUUAAUACAUUUUUUUUAUGUUGCCAUCGGCUCGAGAAAUAUUUGUCUCUGCAGCUAAAGACGGUUUUUAGCGUUUUACUCCUCCUGUAAAGCUCUUUCCGUUGAUAGAAUUCUGACUUUAAAAUUUAAGAUUUAGUUAAGGUCACUUAAAAAUCUAAACAUUAUUUGGUCAAUAAUCUUAGAAUUUAUAUCUGGCAAAUUUGUUAGAAUUAGACCAAAUGACCGAUUUCGGGAUUUUCGAUUUCGUCUCGUACUACCGUUCCCUAAUGGCCCUUCACUGCGAUGAUUUAUUUUAAGUUUAAGUCUGUUUUUAAAUUUGUCUUUGUCUUCUCAGUGUAGUUAGUUGACAAUAGUCAUGGAUCGGCUUAAUACUUAUUGCACUACCGAAUUUGUCGUUGUUUUUUAUUCAGUUUAUUUUUCUUCUCCGAUGACUAUUCUACAUCAAUGACGGCCUUUACUGGAAAGUAAUUAAUGAUCUUUGACUUCAGAUUCAGUCAGUUCUAACAUUGUUUCUUUCUUGUUUAGCAACUUAGAAUUCUGCUGUCAUUUUUUUAGGCUUCGCCAGUUAUCAAUUGACUACGUUUUUAGACUAUGCUGACAACUUAAGUUGAAUUAACUUUUAUUAGUUGAUAAUGAUCGACCGAUCGAUUGAAUGAUGCAUAUGUUGUGGUUCAAUUUUAUCCUUGGUUUAAGUGUUAUUUUUUUUUUGUUUCAGACUCAUUAUCAUGUCAUUAUCAUAAAACAUUACCAUACCCAAAAACAAAAGAAAUUCAAGCCAAGUUUAAAAUUGAACCACAACUUAUACAUGUUUAUUAUCUUAGUUUGUUGUUCAUGUAAUUGCAGCUAAUUCCAUAACAGUCUCGUCGCCAUCAUCAGCCCUUCCACUGACAACGAUACCAGAUUCUCACACAACUUCUUCAGCUACAAGUAAGUACAGAGGAGCCCCGCCUUACGGCCACCUCGGUAAUAAGGUCACCUCAUUAUUACGGCCACUUUUUUGUUGGCCGCCAGGCAAAAGCGACCAUACAUUUUCUUGUAAAGAAACCUUCGUCAAUACGGUCACCUCGUCGUUACGGCUAAAUUUUUUUGGCCCAUUGGUGACAGUAUUUACGGGGUUCCACUGAACUCAGUUUAAGUGGAAUGACCCGGUUGUAACACCUAUAUUGUAAUCUCUUGGACCUAAAGUCCUUUUCUGAUGAUAUAAAUAUGACUUUGAAAUUUAAUCAAGUGCACUUAAAAAUCUUAGCAUUAUUUGGUUAACAAUCUUAAUAGACUAUCUAGCAACUUUGUUAUAACCGAUCUUAGAGGUGGUUUAGCCCCGUAGCACCUUUCAUAGCCCUUCAAUUUAUUCUCUCUUGGAUAUAGUCAGUAUUUUUAAAUUUAUCUAAUGGAUGUACUGUCGUCUUGCAGGUGAGAACAGUCAUGGAUUGGCUUUACAUAUUGUACUACCUGCAAUAGGUUCUUUGGCAGUUGUCAUUGUGAUAAUAGCUGUAUGCUUGUACUGCAGAUACCACAGUAAACAUAAACGGGGAAUUAAAUUGCCGAAUACAGAAGAAAUCAGUGCUGUCUAA